AUGUCUGAGUCCACCCCUUUGAUAGAAGACCCAACCCCUGGCCAGCGUUCUCUCAUGCAGACUGUCAAUGUCGCAACGGUAAAGACCCUGAAAUCGUCCCCCGUAAAUUGGCUACUAAUUUUCGUUCCAAUUGGUAUUCUCUCGGAGAAGUUGGACUUCAAGCCCUCCCUGAUCUUCAUGACCAACUUCAUGGCGAUCAUCCCUCUUGCCUCCUUGUUGGCGUUUGCUACAGAGGAAUUGGGCGAGUCUAUAAACAACAACUCCGUGGCAGGGUUACUCAAUGCAACCUUUGGUAACGCAGUCGAAGUCAUUGUCUCCAUCAUUGCAUUGAGGCAAAACCAAAUCACCGUGGUCCAGUCGUCAAUGAUUGGCUCUAUUCUCUCCAACCUAUUGUUGGUCUUGGGGAGCUGCUUUGUUGUUGGUGGCUUGAAAUUCAGAGAACAGUUUUUCAAUCAAACGGCAGCUCAAACUAUGGGCUCUUUAUUGGCUGUAUCGGUAAUGUCCCUAUUGCUCCCAGCUGCUUUCCAUGCUUCCAUCCCACAGAAUAGUAAACACUCAGAUGCAGAAAUCUUGAGCUUCUCUAGGGGGACUUCCAUCAUAUUAUUGUUUGUUUACGUCCUCUACAUGGUUUUCCAAUUACGUUCCCACGCUUACUUGUUUGCAGACUCAAACGACCACAGCGUCAACCCGUCUGCCGAUAUUGAAGCUCCAUUCAACACCGAAGAUGAUAUUAAUAACUCAAACUUGCCAACCUUAUCCAAUCAACGAUCUCACUCCUCAAACUUCAUAAACAGACCAAAAUCAAUCUAUGAUGUUGACAUGUUGGGUGAAAUCCAUUUGAACUAUAUAGAGUCACUUGUGGUCUUGAUUCUCUCUACCGUCUUGGUCUCGGUUUGUGCAGAUAACCUAGUUAGUACCAUCGAUGACAUUGUCCAGUCUUCAGGACUAUCAAAGACCUUUAUUGGUCUCAUUGUCAUCCCAAUUGUCGGUAACGCAGCCGAACACGUCACUGCAAUCUACGUAGCCUAUAAAAACAAAAUGGAUUUGGCCAUUGGCGUGGCUAUUGGCUCCUCCCUACAGAUCGCCUUGUUCGUCACACCUUUGCUUGUUUUGGUAGGUUGGGUAAUGGACGUCUCUAUGAGUCUCUACUUUUCAGUCUACCAGACGGCUGUCAUCUUUGUCUCCGUCUUCAUCACAAACUCCCUCAUCUUAGACGGCUCUUCAAACUGGCUCGAAGGAGCAAUGCUUGUGGCUGCCUAUUUUGUUAUCGCAAUCUCAUUCUAUCAGUUCCCCGAUGUCAAUUGA